UUCUGUCAAAUAGUAUAAGUUUCAAGUGUACGUUUUUGGUUAGAAUUUUAGAAAUAAAUUAAGUAUGAGUUUUUAAAAAUCAUAAAUAAACAGUGUACAGACAAUUGUUCUAUUUUUACCAACUAGUGUUUAAAGUUAACCGCAUCAAAAAUAUAAAUUGCAAUGUAUUCAAAUAUAACAAUACAAAGGCAAGUAGCCAGAUUGGCUCGCAUUUUCCGAUCUUUGUCAACCUUGGAGGGGCAAAAACUACCUGUGGGCGGAAAAUCAAUAGACGGUAUUUCGCCGCCGCCGCGCAUCCCCCGCGGGCCCACGGACAUUCUUCAGGCGUUAGCUGCGACAGUCGGUGUGGAUCCUACAGCUCCACAUUACAAGUAUCAUGACGAUCCGUUCCUCAUACCCCAGUCGAAUUAUCGUAAGCGGGCGUAUGCGCUAUCAGCGGAGGCGGGGCGCAAGGCGGCCGCAUGGAUAAGAGAUGAACAUGCCACUUUGUUCACUACAAGAGAAUGGGAUCCACCUUUGAAGAUGAAAACUCCAUACGUUAACGCGGAUCCCGAGAUAGAGGCUUAUGCCCCGAGGCCUAUCUAUAAUGACGAGAGCAAGGUAACCGAAGAAGAUCUCAUAUAUACCAUCAACAAUGCCCUCCUAGAUGAUGCGGUCAAGGUUUACCAACUGCUAGGUGGUUCGGAAGGUGUCAAAGAUGAGCUGAAGCUUGCCCUUUUGCAAUUGCUUUGUUUUUACAACGAAAAAGAGCCGAUUGCGGCUGAAUGGCUGGAGGAAAGGUGGUUCGCUGCGGCCACUCGCGAGAGACAAGCUGCAACGUGGAGGUUAGGCGGACUUGCUGACAAAAUUUUUGCUGCGAUGGAACCUAAAACACCAGAAGCUUACUGUACACUGAUUCAAGGAAUGGCGAAGUAUUAUCAGGCUGAACGUGCGCACGCUCUAGCACAGGAAGCGAUUGAAAAUGGCAUCCCUCUGUCCACAGAUGUUUACAAUUCUUUGCUAAGCUGUGUUGGGUUCUUGAAAGAGGGAACUGCUUUACGCAUCGAAGCAAUGAAAUCUCUUCUGGCACAAAUGAAUGAACAGGGCCUCACACCAAACAAUGACACAUUGAUCUCGUGUCUGAAGUCGAUAUCGGCCUGGGGCGGCGGCAAAGCAUUGCAAACCUUCGCGUUACAAAUUGUCAGCGAGAUGAGAAAAUUGAAUAUUCAACCCGGUCUCGGCGCGUAUUAUCAUCUAUUGUGCUUGUUCUGCAAAGAACGAGGCCCACGCAUAGAUAUCCUAUCAACAAUACUGAGCGACCUAGAAAGCAGAGCUACUCUGGAGCCAUCCGAUAUUUCGGACACACACUUCUUUAUUACGGCUAUGGGGGUGUGCAGUGAACAUUUGCAGGACAUUACUUUAGCAGAGCGGGUACACGCGCUACUAAUGAAAGACGAUAAUUAUAAGUUGGUUGGAGACGCAUACAAGGAAAGCAUUUACUAUAGACAUUUUGUUACCGUUGCUUGCAGACACGCGCCAUUUGAAAGAACUACUCAGCUUCUGGAUACGUUAAUACCGAAUAUUUAUGUGCCGGAACCUUCGGUGAUGGAAGAGAUAAUAAGGACGCUAGAAGUGGGUGGCGCCGGCGACCGUUUGGCGGAGGCGUGGUCGCAGCUCGUCGUGUUCGGACACGCUAAGCGGGUCAAAUUGCUCGAGAGGCUUCUAGAAGCUUUCUGCAAUUGUUAUUCUUAUCAAGAUGAAGACGUGAAAGGAAAAAUUCGCGCAGCCGCAGCCGAUAUGCUCAAAUUUGACCAAAUGAUGGAGGAACAAGUCGAAACGGGAGAUCGACGUACACCAAUGCAACAAAAGUUAUCAGCGUCGUCUUUGACGAAUAUAAUAGAAUUAUGUUCGGACGUGACGGAUAAAGACGAUCCAAGUUGGGAGGUUGUUGGUGAGGGGUUGAAACGGCUGAGAGAGGAACAGGCCACCGGAGUACCAGCUAAACCUGAAAUUCUAGUGGAAGUUGCCAAGAAAGCUGCCAACGUUGGCAAACCUGGACUGUCUGCUACAGCCGUAACAUACCUAGCGGAGUGUGGAUUCGAAGAGGCACUAACAGCGUGCACAGAGACGUUAAGCGUGAUGCUGAACCGGCCUGUGGAGGAGGUGGAGACUCUGCUGCGAGAGCCGCGCGCCUCGCUGCAGGCCGCCUUGCACCCGUCGGCUUUAGUCAUUGCAGAAGCUUAUAAUUUAGCAAAGACCGGUGCGCCAAUGGAUUCAUCGUCCAGUUCAGGAAGCGACAGCGAUACAUCAGAUGAAGAUUAAUUUUAAUUAUAAUUAUUAAUAACUUUAGUUGAAAUAUAUACGUUAUAGUCAUAA